AUGCAGAACAGCACGCACUUGCUGAUUCCAAAGCUGUCCUUCCAGCUUCUUGUCAAGGACAUCUUGAAGGAGAUGGAAGCCAAAGAGGAGGAGAGAGGGACAAGCAGCUACAAAGGAGAGUUGCAUACAAACCUUCCCGAGGAUCCCGACUUGGGAAGGAAUCGCUUCGCCGUCCGCAUGGAGACAAAUGCACUUCUGGCACUUCAUGAGGCUGCUGAGAUGUACUUGGUCGGCAUCCUUGAGGAGAAGCAAGAUGGCAACCUGUGCGCCGUUCACAACAAGCGCGUCACCCUGAUGCCACGAGACAUGAGCUUGGUGGGCAGACUGCGCCGGGUGAAGAUCCAGGCGGACAAAGAGCCAGCACCGCAGUGA